AUGGCGACUGCUCAGGUGUCGACUCCUAAGAAGAGUCACCAUGGGCUUUUCUCUUCGAGAACUGCAGGGUGCCGCAUGCCCCUGACUCCGUCGCCUCACACUCGUGCCACCGCUGCAACUCCCCAGGCUUCCGAUCAGUCGUCACCGUUCACUCCAUCCCGUCCCGCCGAUGCUGGGAGCGACAAGUCUAAGUCGGUCUACGGAGGCAACCUGUCUUCAUACUUCUCUAAGCCGUCGGGUCCCAAGCCUGCGGUUCCCAAGCAGCCUGUCUCCAAGACAUCACGAACUCACCGCGACUCCCCCAAGUCCAACAUCGCUCGUCGAUCCCGCAAGUCCCCCAAGCAUCUGGAGCUUGGCGUGUCUGACUGGUCCUUGACUGGUACCGGUCCCUCAUCUCAGACUCCCUCCAAAGAACGCACGCGCCGAGAGGUACCCACUCGCUCCCGCGCCGGAAAGACAACUGUUCGAAUUCCCCAUAACGCUGGAGACCGUUUUAUUCCAAAUCGGGCUGCCAGUGAGGGCCUUGCAACAAGCGGUGCGGCCAAGCCUGAGGAGGGCCAGCGUCCCAAGACCAGCGGCAACGAAGGAUCUUCCGUUUUGGCCUCCGCUGCCAGCGCCUUCGACAUUAACGGACGUGGAUCCGAAGAGGACCUUACGGCUGCUCUUGAGAACAUGGGCUUGGAGGACAACGAGCCAUCCAACUACACCCGACCCGCCCCGGACGCCGUCGCAUACGAGUCCUCUCUGGCAAACGCCUGUGGAGUGAACCUGAACACCCGUAUUCUUGCCUUUAAGCCGCCGCCUCCUGAGUCGUCGAAGCCCAUUGACCUCCGUGCUCAGUACAACCGCCCUCUUCGCCCUGCAAAGUCACAGUCUGCCCAAUUCCGUCGCCGAGUUCAGACAGCCCCCGAGCGAGUCCUUGAUGCUCCCGGUCUUCUGGAUGACUACUAUCUCAACUUGCUGGACUGGAGCUCUGGCAACCAGGUGGCCAUCGGUCUGGAGCGUAAUGUCUACGUUUGGUCGGCUGAUACCGGCUCGGUCAGCUGCCUUCUGGAGACUGCCCCGGACACCUAUGUUAGCAGUGUCAAAUGGAGCGGCGAUGGCGCCUACGUUGGCGUCGGUCUCGGCACUGGUGAGAUACAGAUCUGGGAUGUCGAGGAGGGUUCGAAGCUUCGCAGCAUGUACGGCCAUGACUCUCGCGUGGGCGUUAUGGGCUGGUCCAAGCACACCCUGUCUUCCGGUGCCCGCAGUGGUCUUGUUUUCAACCAUGAUGUCCGCGUUGCCCAACACAAGGUUGCCGAGCUGGUGUCUCAUACCUCAGAGGUUUGCGGCCUUGAAUGGCGUUCCGACGGCGCGCAGCUUGCUACCGGCGGCAACGACAACCUGGUUAACAUCUGGGACGCUCGCUCUCUCAGCGCUCCCAAGUUUACCAAGACCAACCAUCGUGCCGCCGUCAAGGCUCUCAGCUGGUGCCCCUGGCAAUUGAACCUGCUGGCCACUGGCGGUGGCUCUUACGAUCGUCACAUCCAUUUCUGGAACACCACCACCGGUGCUCGCACCAACAGCAUCGACACUGGAUCCCAAGUCACCAGCCUUCGAUGGAGCAACCACUAUCGCGAGAUCGUCAGUUCCAGCGGCUUCCCCGACAACUCUCUCAGCAUCUGGAGUUACCCAACCCUGGUGCGCAACGUUGAGAUCCCUGCUCACGAAACUCGCGUCCUGCACAGCAGCCUCAGCCCGGACGGCCAGAUGCUGGCUACCGCCGCGGCUGACGAGAGUUUGAAGUUCUGGAAGGUGUUCGAGCGCAAGCCCGGCAGCAGUGCUUCCGCUUCCCGUGAAGGCGGCGUCGGAAGCAAAGCCCAGCUGACCAAGUCGAUGACUAUCCGUUAA